CACAACAAUGACCAUCUGUCAUUGGAUUCACAACAACUACCUAUUCCUCACAAAAUAGAAAUGUAAAAAAAAACAGAACAGGAGAGAAUACAUAUGUACACUUUACAAAGCCUAUCCAAUUUGUCCAAAGAAUUGUGGUUGAAAGAAGUGGACAAAAGAAAAAAAAAUCCAUCUAGAAAUCCCUUUGUUCUUGACAGAAACAAAUCACACACACACACACACACAAAAAUGGCACUUAAUUCCAUCUCAUUACUUCCCAUAAAAUCCAUUAACAUCUCUUCCUCAUCUAUUCGUUAUUAUAAAGUUUUUAUUCCUCAAAAAUCCUCCAAAAUUGUUUGUCAAGUGGAAAAAUCAAAUUCAAAUAUAGAAAUAAAGAAGUGGAAGGCCAUAGUUUCCACUGCAUUAGCAGCUGCAGUGAUUACAUUUAGCUCAAACAUGGCUGCUAUGGCUGACUUAAAUAAGUUUGAGGCAGAUACAAGGGGUGAAUUUGGUAUUGGUUCUGCUGCUCAAUUUGGUUCUGCUGACCUAAAGAAAACAGUUCAUACAAAUGAAAACUUCAGACUAGUAUUCAUGUUCCCAUUGGACUUGCUGAUACAGAAGAGCCAAUUUCACAUCUGCUGAUAUGAGGGAAUCGGAUUUCAGUGGUUCAACGUUCAAUGGUGCAUACCUAGAGAAAGCAGUUGCAUAUAAAGCGAACUUCUCAGGUGCAGAUUUGAGUGACACAUUGAUGGAUCGGAUGGUACUUAAUGAAGCUAAUCUCACUAAUGCUGUUCUUGUUCGAUCUGUUUUGACUCGGAGUGACCUUGGUGGUGCCAUCAUUGAAGGUGCUGAUUUCAGUGAUGCUGUUAUAGACCUCCUGCAGAAACAGGCACUUUGCAAGUAUGCUAGUGGGACUAACCCCGUGACAGGAGUUAGCACCAGAAAAAGUCUAGGCUGUGGGAAUAGUAGACGAAAUGCAUAUGGAAGUCCAUCGUCUCCUCUGCUUAGCGCUCCACCUCAGCAGUUGCUCGAUCGUGAUGGAUUUUGUGAUUCAGCCACUGGUCUCUGUGAAGCAAGCUGAAAAAAAAUGUCCAUGUACAUAAAUAUAUGAAGAAAGAAAAGAGUUCUGGCAUCUCCUUCAAAUUAUGCGUGCACAGUUUAACUCAGGCAGAAAACAUAAGCUACAUCUUGAGAAUUAUUGGUUCAAUUAUGUUUCAAUAUGGAUGCAAAAGUUUAAUUUGAAUACAAAAUCUUGAAACAUCAAUAUUUGUUGAUGUCUUGAUGAUAUAUUUGUUUUAAACAAUCUUAGUUUUUUGUUGCAGCCAUCA